UUUCAGAAUUCAACGAUCGCGGUGUACUUCGCCACAAAAAGCUAUCCUUUUAGUAUGUGGAAUUGCAGUCAAAGAAUGCUCAUGGGGAAGAGAUGAAACGCACACUCCAACUACAACCUGGGCAAAUGGAUAUACGCUACUCAUGUAAAGAGUUGAUACAGGAGGCACGUAAACGGUUUUGAAAAAUGUAGUGAAGAGAAGAGUCGCAGCACCAAAAUGGACGAUAUUCCUGCAUGAAAGAGGACACGUCAACAAAUCGCCUGGCCUGUACAGUCCUGUUGGAGAGCAACAUACAGACGUUGCCUUCAGGAGGGAAUUCAGUUGAGAGGGCGUCAAGUUGGCGGCUCUAGGCCCGCGAUUCGCCCCCGAUGUUCUUCCAGUCUUUUCCUGAUGAUGAUAGGCCUACUUCUAGGUGAGCAAUGUUCGACCCGGGAUCACCAUCAUAUGUAUUUGGCCACAAUGCCCAAGGUAGGAGGCAACUUUCUACCGUCCGUCUACGAGCCUCUUCGUGGAGUGUCAGCGGUGCUUGUAGCCGGCUCCUGGUCGCCUUGACCACAUCGCCUGGUAGACUGAACCGACGGCAUGUGAUACUUGGCGUGCUCUACACUAUGGUGGGAAUUUCGUUGAUUUCCACGUUUUCAAUCUGGUCUGCUGUCACCCGUGGCGGAAGAAAUGAAUCCAUGAUUGUUGGCAGGCGGACCACGGAGGAACAAAUAAGGAAUACCUGUGGUACUACAAACGCUACCACUAAUGGCACAUGUAGUAAACAGCGCCCCCUGGGUUUAAAAGACAUGGCAAAGAGCCUGGGAGGUUUAGCAGACCUCUUCGCCAUACAACCAUGCAAUGGGAAGUGCGAGACAAAAAAGGAAGGGAAGGAGGCCCCGAAGAAAGCCGGAGCCAAGGAAAAAUCUUACGAGUGCCCCAAGAAAGCCGUCUGCCCAGAGUUGGACAUUCCUGGCUUAGUCGAGAAACGGUCCCUGAAUAUGCAAGACACACCGAUGAACGUGUCGGUGAUCAAGGUCAUGGGGAAGGACUGGCAGCGGGUGGAGAGCGCCGUGGAGACCGGCAACCAAGAGAUGCAGAAACUGCUGGGUCAGACCGCCCGGUACAACACCUCAGUACGCACGCCCAUCACAGAGAGUCUCUCCUGGUUGGGCAUUAGGCUAGGCAACUACACCUACCUGCCUGGGGGGCAUUGGACACCCACCAACUGCUUACCGAGAUGGAAGGUUGCCAUCAUCUUUCCAUACCGGAACCGCUCUUACCAUCUGCCCAUAGUGCUCCGGUAUCUGACACCCAUGUUGCAGAGACAGCUCUUGGAAUUCGCCUUUUACUCUAUCAACCAGGAAAAUAACCUUGCCUUCAACCGGGCCAUGCUCAUGAACGUGGGCUUCGUGGAGGCGUUAAAUUUCUCUCGCUGGGACUGCUUCAUCUUUCACGACGUGGACCACUUGCCGCUGAGUGACUUCAAUUACUACGGGUGUAGCGGCAUGCCCAGGCACUUCCUAAGCGGUGCGGACCGGUGGAAAUACAAGUUGCCGUAUGCCAACUUCUUUGGCGCUGUCACCGGCUUCACGACCAGCAAUAUUCUCAAGAUCAAUGGCUUUCCCAACGUGUACUGGGGCUGGGGAGGGGAGGACGACGAGAUCUGGGAACGAGUGAAGGAAGUUGGCCUGCCCGUGUCUCGCCCCAAAGGACCGCAUGGCUACUAUGAUGUCAUCAAACAUCAUCACUCCAGCGCGCCAGCGCUGAAAGACAGAAUGCAACUACUGAGAAACUUCAAGCCUCGCUUCAGACUCGAUGGGCUGAACAACCUCCGCUACAGGAAGCCUCGCUUUGAAUUCCACGCCCUUUACACGAAUAUCUCAGUGGACAUUCAGAAACUCCCUGUUGUGCCUCAUCAGUCGCCAAGAAGUCAGAGCACCAAGAACGACAGGCACUCCAAAGCGGUCAUCGCAUCACAGAAUGAAAAGCGCGCUGCUGCCGCCAAAAGAGCCCUGGCCAACGGCCACGUGAAGACCAAACUUGCCUCGGAUGUCAACACAAAUAAACGUGACAAGAAACCCGAAGUGAACAUUAAACCUGGAGAUCGUCAAAGGCCUGACGGGGCCAAGCAGGCAAAUGAAGGACUGCGGGAAGGUGACCCGAAACGCGCCCUGAAUGCAUCAAUGGUUAAGACAGACCAGGUACCGGCGAAGCCGCAAAGUUAACGCCCAGUUGUUGCCGUGUACAGACCUACCCAAUUCCUGAUUUUUUCCUAAUUCCCACAGAACUCUCUGGUCAGCUUUGUUAUGCAGAUCUGUUGCCCAGAACAAUGAAAACCACGUGACAUGUGACAUCAGACGUUGCCCACGAAGACGAUGGUGAUUAGAGUAGGUUUUCAACAGGGGAGGUUAAAAUAAAAAGGGUAAUCUUUUGAGUUUUGAGCCUGUUCCGCGUUAAUGUAGAAAUAAUAAGUUUUAAUUGAGGGUUUAAUUGUUGCCUGUGUCUUCGAUACGUUCGAUUCCAAUUUAAACUUAACCACUUUGUAUUCAUGUUUUAUAGCGGUAGUGAAGUACAUAUAAAUAGAUCGCAGAGCUGUGUAGUACAUCUUCCAAAAUGGAAUUUCGUACUUACGUAUAUAAAACCAGAAAUAUGGACGCUUAAAAAGCAGGUUUUCCCAGAAGCAAUAUAAAACUGAGCUUUGACUUUCCAAAUAAAGUAAUACGUUUAUGUGACUUGAAUGAAAUAGUGUUCAGUUUAUUUUAUCAAAAAAGAAGUUUUUUAUUCAAACUUAUUCAAAAUUCGUAAAUAAAUCGAGGAAUGGAUGACUUA